AAUUACAGAGCAGUUCUUGUGGAAAUCCUGGCACUCCAUCCAAAGGUAUUUUAUAUGGAACACAAUUUGAUGUUGGUGAUAAAAUCCGAUAUAACUGUGUGACAGGCUACAUCCUGGAUGGUCACCCCCAACUUACCUGUAUAGCCAGUUCAGUAAAUACAGCAUCCUGGGAUUUUCCAAUUCCUAUCUGUAGAGCGGAAGAUGCAUGCGGAGGAACAAUGAGGGGAUCCAGUGGCGUCGUCUCUAGUCCUAAUUUUCCAAAUGAGUACCACAAUAAUGCAGACUGUACAUGGACAAUUGUGGCAGAACCUGGAGACACCAUCUCACUCAUCUUUACAGAUUUUCAUAUGGAAGAGAAAUAUGAUUACUUGGAAAUAGAAGGUUCUGAACCACCCACAAUAUGGUUAUCUGGAAUGAAUAUCCCAGCUCCGGUUAUCAGCAACAAAAACUGGCUAAGACUUCAUUUUGUAACAGACAGCAACCACCGAUACCGUGGAUUUAGUGCUCCUUAUCAAG